GUUCCUCAUUUCGCUCCGAAGCAAGAUUUGCAUCAAUGGCGUCCUCAGAGCCAAUACCUCCAGAAGCAGAGCCCGAAAGCCACCUUUCUUCUCUCAUCUACGAGAUAUCAAAUGAAGUCCAAGGGAUCAUGGAGAACAUGUUUAAGACUGUCACUGAAAUUAAUCAAAGUUCUGCUGUGGUAGAGGAGGAGAUAGAGAAAUGCAAAGGUUCUGCUCUCGAGAGGAAAAGAGCCUUAGAUGAAGAGAAGGAUAACUUUCAAAAAGCUGCUUAUGCUGUUCUUGACAUGCUCAGCAGAGAGUAAAACGCUCUAGCAGGUUACCGGAAAGAGCUUGAAGAUUAAAAAAACCUCAUUCUGUAAAGAAAACUUAAUCUUCCAAAUGACUUCUACCUCAGGUUAACGCAUUAGUUGUCAAUGUCAUGCAGUCUAUGAUAUUCUUUUAUACAAGGAUUCCCUGAUUUCAGAGCUAAAUCAAUUACAGUUUUAAAUCUUUAGUCCUAAUGAGAUUAAUUUUUAUCUUUAUUUCCUCUUUUUAAAGUUUAAACCAUAUUCUCCCGCAUGAUACUUUGUAGUGGUUUAUGAAUUACUCUUUCCAAAUCACUAGGUAUCUAGGAGUUAUAUUAUUAUCACCACAUACCACUUUACUUUCUCUUGAUUAUGUUACUUAUACCCUGAAAUUAAUUGCUAGGGAGAUUUCAUCUUACCUGUUCGGACCCAUUCUUGUACAUCAACACAUCCUGCGGUUAGAAUAGUUCAGUAAGUUAGCUAGUUAAGCCUUUAAAUAAGGGUAGGAUUUGAGUAAGGUCUAGAUGUUUACCAGUGAUCCGGAUACCAAAAUGUAGAAAUAUGUUGACAUCUCAUUUUGCAAGAUAAUGUCAACCUUAGAUGGGUAGUAUUCUGCUUUCGUUUCUGACACCUGUUUAGUGUCAUGAUGUCAUUUUUAGUCACUGUUGAGAUGUUUAGAAUCUAUUCAAUCGCUACCUAAAAGAGAAAAAGAAAAUAAAAUUAAAGAAAAAGCUUUACCAGCUGGCGAUAAAAUCAUCACAGACUCCUUUAAAUAAAUAUGCUGUUUCAACUAUGUUUUGGAAAAGAUGCCGAGCAAUAUUGGAUCUUAUUGUUUUAGGUAGGUAUUGUAGCACUUCUUGCUGUAACUCUGCAGUCUUAAACUUCAAUUGCAUGUGUGCCGACAUUUGCUCUUUUAAGCCUUCCAGGAGUCUAUAUUUGUUUGCAUAUUGUAAUAUUCUGUUGAAGGCAUUCCUCUGUAAAGCCUGGUGGGGAAACAAAUUAGUUUUGGGUAUAGCCAUUCUUAUGUUUUUUAGGACCAGAAGUGCUUCGAUGGGAGUAUAUUUGCCCAAUCCAGGCACCUUUCUAAUAAAUUCUUGUCCAAUUUUGGCUUUGGUUAAGAAAGCAAGCUGUUUGGU